AUGCGGACUGAGAUAUUUCCUACAACAUGGAACGGUCCAAAUUCCGAGUAUCCUAUUGCAGAUGGGCAGCAUAUCAGCAGUUUUUUUAUGCAUGGCAAAUUCAAUGUCACUGGAAAUUUUAGUAAUGGUGAAUACAUAUUGGUAAUUGAUAACGUUACAACAGCUGACCAAGGAGACUAUACUUGUGAUAUUGUGGUUGACGGUAAACCAUUACAACAUACAGUAAAACUACAACUAGAACAACCAACUAAGCAAAUUGCAAUUGAUGGAAGCGACAACGUUGACCAAGUACAUGGAACGGAGGGACAACUCAUAACAUUGACAUGUACUGUUAAAAAUGGCCACCCAGGGGAAACAUUGUCAUGGUCAAGCAAUGGAACAGUUGUAAAAGUCGGAGGACUGAGGAUCCUGAUACUAGAAUGGUUUGCUAAACGGUCAGACCAUUUACAGAAUUAUACCUGUAUGGCAAAUAACACAGCGAUGCAAGAACCACUUGAAAGAACUAUUCAGCUCGUUAUAGCGUAUAAACCAGUUUUGUCAACAAAUGGCAGUGAUGAAAUUAAAAGUUUAGAAGGUCAAUCUCUAUACGUUACGUGUGCUCAAAGUAGUAACCCUCCAUCGAGUAAACCCAAAUGGUGGCUUGUUGAUGCAAUUGGCAUAACACGUUUGUUUUCAAAUAGUCAUAUCCUCUACAUUAAGAUCCACCAUCUGUCCAUAUUGACUACAACAAUUACACCGAGAAUGAAAACAGAAAAGAAUUACUGUGCGUAG